AUGAACUACCCUUCUCCCUUAAUCUCUCUUUCCCUUGCCUUCAUUUUUCUAUCUUCAUCUUCAUUAUGGGCCUCAGCUUUUCCUAAUAAACACGAAUCGUUUCUUCAAUGUCUCCUCGAUCACUCUCUCGAAUAUAGUAAUUACUCUAUCUCCAAAGUCAUACACACUCCAAUCAACUCCUCUUAUUCUUCUGUUUUAGACUUCUCCAUUCGAAACCUUAGAUUCUCAACAGUUGAAACUCCAAAGCCACUCCUCAUCGUAACACCAUCACAUGUUUCCCACAUCCAAGCAGCCGUCAUUUGCUCCAAAAGCUAUGGCUUUCAAAUCCGGACUCGAAGUGGUGGCCAUGAUUUCGAGGGUCUUUCCUACGUAGCCCACCUCCCAUUCAUCAUAGUUGACCUUAUAAAUCUCAGGUCCAUCUCUAUUGACAUCAAAGACAACACUGCAUGGGUUCAGUCUGGAGCAACUCUAGGUGAACUUUACUAUAGUAUAGCCCAAAAAAGUCGAACGUUGGCGUUUCCAGCGGGUAUUUGCCCCACAGUUGGGGUUGGUGGACACUUUAGCGGCGGCGGAUAUGGAUUGUUGUUGAGGAAAUAUGGUCUUGCCGCUGAUAAUGUCAUUGACGCUUACUUGGUUGAUGCGAGUGGAAAGUUUCACAAUAGAGAGUCGAUGGGGGAGGAUUUGUUUUGGGCCAUUAGAGGGGGCGGCGGAGGGAGCUUUGGAAUCGUGGUGGCGUGGAAGGUGAAGCUGGUUCCCGUGCCCGCGACUGUGACACUUUGCUCAGCUAACAGAACUUUGGAGGAAGGUGCAGUCAAGAUAACCCAUCGGUGGCAAUAUGUGGCCAACAAAUUGGAUGAAAAUCUAUUCCUAGGCAUCCUUUGGCUUGGUGGGAAAAUUACAAGUCAAGAAGGAGGCAAAACAAACCCAGUUGCUACAUUCUUCUCUUUGUUUCUCGGAAAGGCAGAUGAGCUUCUGUCAAUCUUGAACACAAAAUUUCCUGAGUUGGAUUUGGCAAAAAAAGACUGUAUAGAAACGAGCUGGAUUGAGUCAACUGUCCUCAUGGGUGUUGGAUUUCCAACUGAGCUGACUUUGGAAGCUCUGCUAAGUAGAACACCUCUCACCAACACGAGCUCAAAAAUCAAAUCUGACUACGUUAAGGAACCCAUGUCUGAAGCUGUAGUCCAGGGCAUAUGGAAGAGAUUAGAUUCUCAAGAUAUAGAAGGGGGAAAUAUUAUAUUUGUUCCCUAUGGUGGGAGAAUGAGCCAGAUUUCCGAGUCGGAAACUCCUUUCUCACACAGAGCUGGAUAUUUGUACAAGAUUGGUUACAUUGCCGGGUGGGAAGAACAAGGCAUUGAUGCUGAGAAAAGGCAUCUGCGUUGGAUACGAGAGCUUUACGAUUACAUGACUCCUUUCGUUUCCAAAUCGCCGAGGGCUGCAUAUGCCAAUUACAGAGACCUUGAUAUUGGAUCGAAUAACAAGUUUGGAAAGACAAGCUACAAGCAAGCGAGCGUCUGGGGGUUGAAGUAUUUUGGGAACAAUUUUAACAGGUUAGUGCAUGUUAAGACCAAGGUUGAUCCUUACGAUUUCUUUAGGCAUGAGCAAAGCAUACCCGCCCUCUAAUAGAUACAUCUUGUUGAAAUAAGUCUGUGAUAUUAUAUUGUUUGUACGUGUGUUUUGUAAACUAUACAUGUCGUCAUAUCCUAUUUCUGUACCAAAAUAAGGGCCAUGUACUUUACAAGCAUAUAUAUAUAUUA